UAGAAUGCUGAUGAGCAAAGUGAGCAGGCGAAGGAAAUCAUUGGUAACAAAAACUCAUUAUUUACAGAUGAGAAAUUUAUAUUGUCAGCGUAAUAUCUGUGAGGCUAAACAGAGCUGGAGAGUAUAUAAAAGCAGUGCUCUUUGGUGCAGAAGUGCAGAGCUCAGGACACAGAGCACAUCCCAAGUUCCCGGAGGGAGCUAGCGCGCUCACCACCUGCCCUGUUCCGCCCCACGGUAUUAGAAGGCAGCAAAAAUGAAAAGCAUUUACUUUGUGGCUGGAUUGUUUGUAAUGCUGGUACAAGGCAGCUGGCAACGUUCCCUUCAAGACACAGAGGAGCAAUCCAGAUCAUUCUCAGCUUCCCAGACAGACCCACUUGAUAAUCCGGACCACAUGAAUGAAGACAAGCGUCAUUCACAGGGCACAUUCACCAGUGACUACAGCAAGUAUCUGGACUCCCGGCGUGCUCAAGAUUUUGUGCAGUGGUUGAUGAAUACCAAGAGGAAUAGGAAUAACAUUGCCAAACGUCAUGAUGAAUUUGAGAGACAUGCUGAAGGGACCUUUACCAGUGAUGUAAGUUCUUAUUUGGAAGGCCAAGCUGCCAAGGAAUUCAUUGCUUGGCUGGUGAAAGGCCGAGGAAGGCGAGAUUUCCCAGAAGAAGUCACUAUAGUUGAAGAACUUGGCCGCAGACAUGCUGAUGGUUCUUUCUCUGAUGAGAUGAACACAGUUCUUGAUCAUCUUGCCACCAGGGAUUUUAUAAACUGGUUGCUUCAGACCAAGAUCACUGACAGGAAAUAAGUCUGUCACUAUUCAAGACCAUCUUUACAACAUCACCUGCCAGUCACUUGGGAUGUCUAAAAUUUUAAGUUCUGUAAAUUUAAAAGGUAUAUUCUGAAGCCAUAUUGCUUUGCAUGUCAAUAAAUACAUUUUCUUUUAGCACUGUGUAGCCAAAAGAUUGUAAAUGUAAUAAACUAUUGUCAAAAUAUUGCUAAAAUAUCAGCUUUAAAAUAUGAAAGUGCUGGGUUCUCUUACUAUCUUCUUAUUUUGGAUAAAGCACCCCAACCUGUUUACAUUGAGCAACGAAAUUAUUUUUCUAUAAUAUAAUUUGUAAAUGGAAAUUAUUCCAAUCACAACCUGUCUGCACUAUAAUAAUAGGAGACAAGGAGGACUAGGGGCUACAGUAGUUAAACUGGAAAGAGAGCUUUCUUCUUGAAACAUUUGUCUUAAAAAUGCUCAGCUUUCAAUGUAUCAAAGAUAUACUUAAAUAAAAUUUUCAAACUUCUUUA